AUGCGUGCCAAUAUUUUGUGGAAUUUUGUUUUGCCUUUUUUCUGGAGAGGAGGGUGUUGUUUCCGGCUUUCAAAGGGCGUUUACUUCACCUGUAAGGCAGACAAAACUACAUCAAAAAAAAAAAAAACGUGUGAGAAGGGGAAAAAGUUUGGAUUUUUGUUUUUUUUUUUUUUAAUUCUCAAUUUGAUGGAGUCGUCGGUGUCUUCUUUGAUGGACCACCUCAAUGGUGUGGAGACACGCCGUCGUGUUGUUAUGAUGAAGCGCAAAGAAGCCGAGACGCGACUGGCCUUUUCCACUGAGGAACACCAGCAGCUGGAACAACAGACUGCACAGAAUGAGGUUCGGGCAGUGGAGCUGAAGAAAGAGCUGGACCACCUCCUUGAGGAGCAGCGGCAGCUACAGCUGCAGUUAAUGGCCGGUAUGGACACAGUCCGUCAGAGCGAGGUGGAGGAGGCGCUUCUUAUCGAGCACGCGCGAGCCCAGCUGGAGAAGGCGACUAUCCUCGUGACGACGUGGCGUGAGCAGACACGUGACCUGGACGAGGUGCAGCGCUCUUGGGGGGAGGAUGAUGCAGCGGCCCCGCUUCAACAAAGUGCCGCAGAACUCGACGCCGAAUUGGUCCGUUUGUGUGGCGAGAAGAAGCGAAUUGAACAGGCUAUCAAAGAAGCGAUGGAAGCGCAUGCGUUGCGGGCAGCCGGCCUUGGCGCAGGAACCGCACCACAAUCCGAUGCGGCCGCUGCACAUGCCUUGCCGGCGGGCGAUGAUGUUGCCGCCAUCCAACUGAAGGACCAGUUGGAGUUGGAGCAGCGUGAAUUUGCAGAAAUUCAGAUGCAUCAUGCGAGGCAGAUGGCUGCGUUGGAUCGCGAGGUUGCAGACUUGAAAAGCCGCUCAAUGGAACUUGCCCAGUGGCUCGCUGACACGGUUGGCUCACGUGACCAGGUUCUACUGAGUACCCAACUUCUGCAGUCCUGCCUGAACAGCGGCGUAUGCGCACUCUGCCGUCCAUCGUCUUGA